GCCCUAUUUCCAAGGUUGCUCUUCAAGCGGAAAGUCACCUCUUCGUGUGGCUCAGGGAGAAGCUAAUGACAGCUAGCUUAGUAUCGCUUGCUGGCACACGCAUAAUUACGGGAGAAGACUCAUAUAAUCCUAUUCUAAAGACACAUUCAGGUUUUGUGUGUUUAGAAACGUGUCAGGUAUUUAAAAAUAGAGUCUACAUUUUAAUACGGGCUACGUCAGUAUCGCCACCGUCUUGUUUAGCCUAGCUUCCAAUUCCUAGCCGGUGUCAUCUGAAUUCCUCCCCAAAUCUCAAACUACCACCAUGGCUGCAUUGAGAGCGUCCUACCACAGGAUUCUGGACCGGAUCGAGCAUAUGCUGCCCGCCAAACUGAGACCGCUGUACAACCACCCGGCAGGUCCCAAAACCGUGUUCUUCUGGGCUCCGAUGUUCAAAUGGGGCCUGGUUGCAGCAGGUUUGGCUGACAUGACGCGACCAGCGGAAAAACUGAGUACCUCCCAGUCUGCGGUACUGACGGCAACCGGCCUUAUCUGGUCCAGAUAUUCGCUGGUCAUUGUCCCAAAGAACUGGAACCUGUUUGCUGUCAACUUCUUUUUGGGAUGCGCUGGAGGCUCACAGCUCUACAGGAUUUGGAGAUACAAUCAGGAUCAAAAGGCUCAGGGAGCAAUACAAUCCUGACCGACAGCACUGAAGUUAACGGGCAGCAUCGCGCCACGGCGCCAACUGACCUGCCCCUAACGUCCCUCUCGACACUUGUACAUCAUCACGUCGUCAUUUCCACCUAACAUCCAUGCCAGCAACAUGAUCCGACCAUUUCUCUGCUGGAAAUGUGCACUUUCCUAAAGGUUUCGAGUUUCCUCGGGAUAUUGGACAUUUUAAGAAAAGAGAAAUAAGUGCAAGUAAAACACGAGAAUGAUGGUCACCAACGCACAAGUUAUUUGAUUGUACAUUUACUUGAUCAUUUUUAAGUUGUGGCAAUCAUUACCUCAUGUAAUCAUUUCCAAAAAACAUGUUUGGUUUUGAAUGUGUCCAAAGUCACUGAAGGUUGUCGUAUGUUAUUCUCACCGGUAUUUAUAAUACGGUUAUUAAAUUGAUUCAUUUAAAUGGCUUUAAAUUUAUAACAAAUUAAGUUCAUUGCUUCAAGUUUUCAUCUGGUGCUAACGGCAUCAUUUCCAUUAAACCUGUGCAGCUUGUAAAGCUACACAAGUGUUAGCUAACACUGGUACUUGAACUAAUAUAAAAUGCCUAUUUAUUGUGUGUACACCUACUUUUAAAUCACUUUUGACCCCCCUCACAAUUGUUAAUUUUACCCCCCCUCCCUUUCACUGUAAUGGCAAUAAUUGAUUUCACUUUAAUGUCACCUAAUCUACUGAUGGAUGGAACAAAUGGCACUUUGAGGCAAUGUGGAAAUGUAAUGACUUAUGUGUGUGGCUAUUAAACCCAGUUCAACUAAUUUGUGGG